UUUUGUUUACAUUCAGUAGGCUGGGUAGAAUAGCAAACAGAAGCAGCAAAAACUUUGCUAGAUGUAUUUUUUACACCUCUUCUUGUGAUUUUAUCGAAAUAUCUUUAUAUAUUUAGUGUUAAGCUUAAGAUGUAACCAUGCCCUGUAUGUUCGAGGGCUGUAAAACGAACCAGCAAACAGCGAAGAAGAAUAGCCAGGAAAACAUUCGCUUCAUAUCGUUCCCGACGACGGAUUUCGCAAGCGAUCAGAUGCGAUCGUUGGCCAAAAAGCGGCUCUACUGGUGGUGCCGUAUUUGUGGCAUAGAUUUCACCACAACGCUCAUCAAUCAGCUUCACAUUUGUUCACGGCACUUCUAUAAAGGAACCUGUGCCCCGCUCUGGGAUGUGCACAAUCCGGACUGGGUUCCAAGUUUAUAUUUACCCCAGCAAGCUUUGACCGAUCGAGCACCGAAUGUAUCGACGGAAGAAAGUGCCGAAGAAUUCAUCAGACACGAACAGCUUACGGAGGAAGCGAUUGCUAACCCGCUGCUCGAUCGUAAACCGGACAGUUCCGCACUUCGAUCGCUACUAAUCGACGAAAUCAUUGCGUACCCGAUCGGACGCACGUACUUCCUGCUGGACGAUGAAAGCAAAGACUCGCGCACCGUCCCAUACGACGUGAAGCAACUGUCGAAGGAGCUAAAGCGAUGCCUCUCGAAAUCGACCCCCAUCGGCAGGAUGGUGCUGGACCCGCACGCCCAAGACUGUCCGCCGAGAAUGUUUUCGCCCAACGAAGCGAUCACACAGCUGGAUUUAUCGAAACCGCCACGGUGGGAAACGGAAAAGAUCAUCAUGAGACUACAGAACAGCAUGCUGGAGUUGAUAAACGUGCUGAAUGAGGAGAGUGACGUUGUACAGGCCGAAAGUUGAACCAUCCGUUUUUUGCAGCAUUGAAAUCGAUUUAUUAAUUUGCUGAAAAUUUAUUUAAAAAAAAGAAACAUAAAAUAAAAUAGAAAUGCGAAAAAGCUUGUGUAUGUGAGUAUUA